UGUGGAUAGUGAGUGGCCUGCCACUGGAGAGGCCACAGGCCGGAGUGACAGAGCUGACUCAGGGUAGGGAGAAAAUGGCCUGGAUCACUGACAGAGGAUGGGUGAAACUGUUGCCUAAUCCUGGGUGAGAGACAUUUUCUUUGCCAGUUGUCCAAAUAACGGGAAAUUCCUGCAUUGUUUGCUGCAGUUUCACAAACUUAAUGGAUCUAUGCUGACUUUUAAAAGCCAUCUGUUACUAGGGGCAAAAAGAAAUAAAAGAGGAAAAUACUUUUAGACACUCUAAUACAGGUGAAAGAAAAAAUCUUCCUGGAGAAAUAAACAAAAAAAGAAAGAAAAGAAGAGAAAUGAACAACGGGCAGUACCUGAAGAUGUGGACCCUGAGUGUUAGCUGGGCAGAACGAUGCGAGACAGAAACUGUCUUCUCACUGAGUCUGGCAUCCAAAGAGGCUCAGAGACUUGCUAUUGAAACCGUCUUAGAACCCAGCCUCCAUGCUGUGAAGAAGCUCAAUUAGCUUCCUAACAUGAGAAGCCUGAGUGGAGGAGGAUCAUGGAGGCCUGCAGCCAGCAACCCAGCCCUGCUCCCGGCUGACAGCCAUAGUGUGUUUCAUUACUGGAACAGCUAGGAAGCAGUGUAGUAAAGGAGAUGUGACAUCCAGAGAAAUAUAUAUUUUCGCGAACCGGGACACAGAGCUCACAGUGAUACUCCAAGAAUGGAAGUGACCAAACUACCAGUAGUGCAGCAUGGAUCAGGGUCACAAUGGAUAGAAGAUGCGGAGGUAGAGGACACAGAGGAGCCGUGGACAAUGGAGGGCUUCCAGAUCAGUCUCAUGGGGAGUAAUGGCAGAGGAGAGGAAGGUUUGAGGAAAAGUCAUUUCUUUAGUCCCAUCUGGCAUCAGAGUUGCCAAGUUACAACUUUAUUGUAAGAUUUCACCCUCUGGGUCUCUCUUGGGAUGGAAAGGAAAAGGCACAUGAGGACUGACUUGGGAAUAGACACUACGGGCACCAGAAUGAAGGUCAUGGCAUUGUGCUCUGGAAAGGAAUUAUGGGACCUUGAUCUCUUCCUCAUUUUCCCAGCGAGGCCCUAAGGUGGGAGCCCGGGCAGGCAGCCCUGUUCUCAGUUCGGAGUGGGCUAACCGGCUGUGCAGACUAGCAGAUGCCAGAUGGACAGCCCAAUAAGUUUGGCUAAUUUCUCACAAGAGUGAAAAUGCCAAAACAGCGACAAGAAAUCACUGGAGAACGUCCUCACGAAGAAUGGCCAUCCUUGGACAUCUCAUGAGCCUUGUAGCAGAGAGUGAUGUAAGGCUGUUGGACAGAUAGAGGUGCCUUGUCAUAUGGAUUUCAGAACCAGUGUCUGGUACAUCUACUGCAUCCCGGGAUGCCUCAGUGUGCACAUGGGAAGAAGACUUCUCUGCCCUGUCAUUUGGAGACAGAAUACCACAAACACUGGAUAAUUUAUAACAAGAAGAAAUUUAUGGCUUACAGUUCUGGAAGGUGGAAAAUCCAAUGUCAAGUUUCUAGCAUCUGGUGUGGCUACUACAAGACUUCAGGAGCAUCUUUGCACGUGUGUCCUUGUGAACAUGUACAGGGGUCACAGAGAACGUGCACCCUCAACGGUAGCACUGCUCACAAGGGCACCGACGCACAGUUCUACAGAUGGCAGACUCUUCUAAGGGAUAAAGCCAGUGAAGAUCUUGUUGUAGCUGGACAAUGAAGAGCUGGAACCAAAGUCGGAUCUGCGACAUACCUUAAUGGAGAGAUGAGUGAACGUGUUCCUACACAGAUAAGCUAUGGAUGAGGCCGAUGAAUAGGUGCGGAGAGGCGUCUGGGCGAAUGGACACAAGUUGUUGGGCGGGAGGAUCCGGGCACCUAGGCUCGGAGUCCCUGGACCCUCAGUGUUAAAGCCAGGAGCAGGGUAGCACCCAAUCCGAGUCAGGGCACCAAUGAAAGAAAACCUGGCGCCUGCCAAGGACCACUCAGCACACCAACAGGUCGUAUGAGAAAUCUUUAUUAAAGAGCUGAGGAGGCAGGGUGGCCCACUCGGCAGAAAGAGAACACGAGAGAGAGAGAGAGAGUUAAGAUUUAUUUCUUACUUUGAUAAGAGCUAAAGGUAAUGAGGCUACUGUAGGUGGGUCUCCUGAGCCAUUUUAUGGAGAUGUCUCUUGAGGGUCUUGUCUAUUUUUUCUACCUUUCCUGAUGACUGGGCUUUCUCUAUGCACAAUGAAGGCCUGGUUCCUGAGAGACACCUGGUGUGACUGUUGCUUCUCUCUGUAAGUUCUUAGGAAGACCAAAUCUGGAGAUUUCUGAGACCCAAACUUCUAUUGCCGCCUGUGCCUUUUCUGUUCUGCAAGGAAGGGCCUCAACCCAGUUUGAGAAAGUAUCUACCUGGGCCAGCAAACCCCAGAACCUUUUGACACCAAAGAAGCUGCGGCCUGCAAAAAAUAGGCAGAUUGAGGAGGCUACAGCAACAUGCUCCUAAGGAAGCGGUGCCGGCUGGGACCGUGCAGACCUCAAUUCCUCAUGCUGUGCCUGACGCUGGGAUGCAUCCUGACCGUGGUGGCCCUGCUGUAUCCUCCCCCUCCCACUCUGCCCCAGGCCGUCACAGACCAGGCCAGCAAGCACCACGAGGCCGGGUACCGGCUGAACUUUGGGGACUCCCAGGAAUGGGUUGUGGAGGCUGAGGAGGAGGUCGAGGAGUACGGCCUCCUGGAGGACUUGCCACCCUUUAUCUCACUGCGGGAGGAUCAGCUUCUGGUGGCUGUGGCCUCGCCCAGGGCCAGAAGGAAUCAAAGCCAGGGACGGAGAGGGGGCAGCUACCGGCUCAUCAAGCAUCCGAGGAGGCCGAAGGAGGAAGCCCCGGAGAGGGACUGGGGGACUGAGGAGGAGGAUGGGGAGGUGUCAGAAGAAGGGGAACUGAGCCUGCUCAGCCUGGACUCUGGAGGCCUCGGUGAGGCACUCAGCGCCCGCCUCCCCGUGCAGAGGGUCCUCCCGGAGGCGCGGCACCCACUGUGUCUUCAGCAGCAGCCUGAGGACAGCCUGCCCACCGCCAGCGUCAUCCUCUGUUUCCACGAUGAGGCCUGGUCCACCCUCCUGAGGACAGUGCACAGCAUCCUUAACACAGCACCCAGGGCCUUCCUGAAGGAAGUCGUCCUUGUGGACGACCUCAGCCAGCAAGGACAACUCAAAUCUGCUCUCAGCGAAUAUGUGGCCCAGCUGGAGGGUGUGAAGUUGCUUAGGAGCACUAAGCGGCUGGGUGCCAUCAGGGCCCGGAUGCUGGGUGCCACCAGGGCCACAGGAGAUGUGUUGGUCUUCAUGGAUGCCCACUGUGAGUGCCACCCUGGCUGGCUGGAGCCCCUACUCAGCAGAAUAGCCGGUGACAGGAGCCGUGUGGUAUCUCCGGUCAUAGACGUGAUUGACUGGAAGACUUUCCAAUAUUAUCCUUCCAAGGAGCUGCAGCGUGGGGUAUUGGACUGGAAACUGGAUUUCUUCUGGGAACCUUUGCCAGAGCAUGAGAGGAAGGCCCUGCAGUCCCCCGUCAGCCCCUUCAGGAGCCCAGUGGUACCUGGAGAGGUGGUGGCCGUGGAUAGACAUUACUUCCAAAACAGCGGAGCAUAUGACCCUCUCAUGUCACUGAAGGGUGGAGAAAACCUCGAACUAUCCUUCAAGGCCUGGCUCUGUGGUGGCUCCGUUGAAAUCAUCCCCUGCUCUCGGGUGGGGCAUGUCUACGGAAAUCAGGAUGCACAUGUCCCCCUUGACCAGGAGGCCACUCUGCAGAACAAGGUCCGCAUUGCUGAGACUUGGCUGGGGCCAUUCAAAGAAAUUUUCUACAGGCACAGCCCAGAGGCCUUCACCUUGAGCAAGGUUGAGAAGCCAGACUGCACCGAACGCUUGCAGCUGCAAAGGAGAAUGGGUUGUCGGACCUUCCACUGGUUUCUAGCCAACGUCUAUCCCAAGUUGUACCCAUCUGAACACAGACCCAGGUUCUCCGGAAAGCUCCACAACUCUGGGCUUGGCUUCUGUGCAGACUGCCAAGCAGAAAAGGACAUCCUGGGUUGUCCCAUGACACUGGCUCCUUGCAAUGACAGUAGGAAGCAGCAGCACCUGGAGCACACCGGCAGGAGGGAGAUCCACUUUGGCAGCCCACAGCACCUGUGUUUGGAUGUCAAGCAGGAGCAGGUGGUUCUUCAGAACUGUACUGAGGAAGGCACUGCCACCCAUCAGCAGCACUGGGACUUGCAGGAGAAUGGAAUGAUUGUCCACGUUCUUUCUGGGAAAUGCAUGGAAGCUGUGCUUCAGCAGAACAAUAAAGAUCUGUUCUUGAGUCAGUGUGAUGGAAAAGCCAGCCAGCUAUGGCAAUUUGAUGAAGUUCACCCUGUGGAUGAACGAUGAACACCAAUGUCAGAAGAAAAGGAGAAGUUUGGUUAUCACAGUUCUGGCCCAAGGGAGUUAAAGAGCAUUUAAAUUUCUUGAAGCAGACCCUUCUGCGUUUGGGCUCCUGGUGUAGGAGGGAAGAAAGUUCUUGGAAAGAAUGUAGGAUGUCUCUCCUCACAACUUAUUUCAUUGACUGCUGGCUGUUUUAAAAAAGAAGAAAAUCGAUUCAUUGUCUUGUGUUUUCAUCUUCAGAGAUGAUCAUCAUUUAGCAAGAAGAUCUUUAAUUUUUCCACUGAGCAGUGCACAGUUGCUUUUAACUCUGACUAGGGAAGGAGGCUGGACAUUUUCUGGCAGCCCCUCCAGGACGCCUCAGUCGUUGGAUGGAUGGCAUUGUCUUCAAGGAGCCUCAACUUGGAUUGUCUAUAAGGCCAGCCAUGAAGAGAACGUAAUGGUCUGACAGCCCAAAAAGUUUGGGUUAUGUUUAUUAGGACAAAUUUCAUGUUCUUUAGCUGAACCACAGCUCAGAAGGAAGGGAAGGGCAGCACAGUAUGGUUGGAGACAAGAUGAAGGGAGAAUGGGCCCAACUCUUCAGCUCAGCCUAGCCCGCUGAAGAGUCCGUAGAUUUGGGAUAAGAUGUUUUCAUUUCACGAGAAUUCCUAAAACUUUCUACCUCCAUUCACCUGACCUCAAGGACCUUUCUCUAGCUUGCUUAACCAUAACCAGAUUUCCUUGCCACAGAUUUCUCUUUAGUCACUGGUGUUGGAACGAUUCACCAGACUGAGCAUUCUCAUUAAUAAAGGUAUUUACAGUUAAGAGAUUUUCAUGAUGCUUUGUUACAGGGUUUGCAUUGAAUCAAUAAGAAAUAACAACCUUUACAACUCAGUCAGAGUCUGAGUCAUUCUUAAGAAAGAAAACUAGGUUGGAUUUCAAUAUCUGUGAGAUCAGAGAGGGCCGGCCAUCUGUGGGUCCAUACUAACUGUCUAAAUGUACCUCCAGGUUCAGUGCUCUCAAGUUCAGGAAGAAUAUGCCUUAACUAGAGCAGAUGCAAGGCCAGCAAGAGCUGAAUGGCUGUCCUUGCUGUGAUCUGGCCCAUCUAGCUGGCUGUAGGAGUUGCUGAGUGGGAUUGGUUCUGCUACUGAGAAGAUAGCAGUCAUGCCCAUUUCUCUCCAAGAUGGAGUCAUUUCUCUACGUGGUAAGCUUACAAACCUCCCCUUAAAGAUGUUGAUCUCUUGUGUGCUGUUUCAGAACACAGUAUCUUUUUUUUUUUUAAGUGGGUAGAAAGUGUGGGGUUUCAAAUAAUAAAUUAUCAUAAUGAUGUAUUUAUUCAUUCCCCACCUGCCAUGUCACUGUGACCUUCAUUUCUCUGUCCUUGAAUAUAUUCUAGAUCUUUGCUGUCUAAUAAGGCAGCUAGUAACCAACUGUGGCACAUUUAAUGGAAGUCCUAUAAAAUCAGAGAAAAUUUAAAGCAGUUCCUCAAUUGUGCUGGCCCCACCUUAAGGGCUCGAUAGUUAUAUGUAGGAAACAGUUACUGUGUGGUAGAGUGCAGUAUAGAACAUUUCAUCAUCACAAACACUGCCGCACAGAUUAAUCAUCUCAGCUAGAGAAGAGAUUUCAGCCACCAUCUUCUUGCUUCGGAUCUAUCUAUAUUUAAAACAUUUGCUUAACAUCCCAAGUCUGAGAUGGAGCUAAAAAUUCUCAAAUGACAAACUUGUAAAGAGUUUGAAGGAUAAAAAUUAAAUAAGACUUCUAUUUUUUUAAUGAACUUUAU